GGAAGUUAAACAAAGAGAGCAGCGAUCGCUCGCUGCUUGGGACUGGAACGGAUUCAGCUGUGAAAGAUCUGCUAAAGGAAAGUGGAAGUAAAUCUUUCCAAGAAGAGGAAGUUCUGAGCUGCAGAAGUAGGACUGAAUGGAACCAUGAAAAUAAUUGUAGAGAAGCUUAAAAGAGUGUGCUUCUGAUUUAUUAUUCAAGAAAAGAGGAGCUAGCAGGGCAAAGAUGCUGUGGCUUCAGAGUUGGACCUUGCAUCUCACAAAUUAUUCAAAAUCAUUUCAAAGGAUGUUGUGUGAAGCCAGUGCUAAACUACCAGUGUUAACGUUGUUCACCAAGCAUCCCUGUCCUUUAUGUGAAGAAGCCAAAAUGAUGCUUGAACCACAUAAACACAAGUUUAUUUUGGAGGAAAUAGAUAUAUCUCUACCAAACCAUUCAGUUUGGCUUGAAAAAUACAAGUAUGAAAUACCUGUCUUUCAUCUGAAUGGGAAAUUCUUAAUGAAGCAUCGGGUAGAUAUACAAAAACUAGAAAAUCAACUCUUGAAUUUGGAAUUACAAGAUGAAAGAAACAAAUGAAGAAGAAAAUGAAGAUAUUUAACUGCAAACCAUAAGGAUUGCAUUGAUCAUUUUUGUAUUGCCUUCGCUACAAAUAAAACCAUACCCUGCAGAUUUUAUAAUCAACUAUCAGAGUUGUUUGAUAACAUGUUUAUUUCAUAUUGACUAUGUUCUUCACUGACAGUAAACACAACGCUCAUUUUAGAGUUUUUUUUCAGUUGUCAUACAUCACACAUACGCUUUAGACUUUAUGCUACUACUAUACAAUAGAAUAUAAUUGUAUUAAUAAAUUUGAAGCAGCAUAAAGCUUGGUCCUAAAAUAAUUGAAACAAUAUGAAACCAAGUAAGCUUAUUGUCAAUUUCACCUUUAUUAUUAUAUUAGUUCUUAAACAUUUUAUAACUUUCUUUGGGUAUCAGUUUGCAUAGCUAACAAUAGAUUUCAUCUUAAUGCUAAAGUUAUAUAGCAGCCUUUCCUUCUAAAUAUGUUGGACUUUAACUUCCAUUAUUCUGUUGGCUUGGAAUUCAGUGCAUCUGGAAGGUUUCCAUCUGAGAGAAUUUGCCUAUAUAAGCACAGACAGUCCUCAGUUUACAGCCAUUUGUUUAGUGACUGUUUUAAGUUACAACAGCAGUGAAAAAACUGACUUAUGACCUUUUUUCACACGAUCAAAAUUGGGAAACUUGGCAACUGGCUCAUAUUUAUAACAGUUGCAGUAUCUCAGGGGUCACGUGAUCACCUUUGGCAACCUUCAGACAAGCAAAGUGUCAACUCUACAAUGAACCUGGCUGCAGCCAUUUUUGCUCGUUCUAGUUUGCCACAAGAAUGGGAGGGGGGUGCGGAGGAUUUCCACUAGCCUAUUUUACUGUCCCGUGGGAACCAAGGUCAUUUUUGUCAGUUAGAUGGGGGCAUGAGCAUUUGGUCAGAAAGCCUGCCAAAUUCUUCUAUUGGGGAACGUAGCUGAUUACAUCACACUGGGAUGGGAAGUUUAACUUUGUAAUAUUGUUUCUCUUUGAAAUGAACUUCAGACUUGGUUUCACCUUUGAUCAUGCCGAUACUAUGUAACCA